AUAGGGCUUACCAUUUUCCAUCUGUUCCGCCUCUCAUUUCAUUUUCCCCCUCCGCCGCCGCCGCCGUACACAAUCAAUCAGCCAUGGCGCAAGAGCAGCUCGUCCUCCGCGGCACAAUGCGCGCCCACACCGACUGGGUGACCGCCAUCGCCACCCCAAUCGACAACUCCGACAUGAUCGUCACCGCCUCCCGCGACAAAUCAAUCAUCCUCUGGUCCCUCACCAAGGAGGACAGGACCUACGGCGUCGCCCGCCGCCGCCUAACCGGCCACUCUCACUUCGUCGAAGACGUCGUCCUCUCCUCCGACGGCCAGUUCGCCCUCUCCGGCUCAUGGGACGGCGAGCUCCGCCUCUGGGACCUCCAGACCGGAAACACCGCCCGCCGGUUCGUCGGACACACGAAGGACGUGCUCUCCGUCGCGUUCUCGAUCGACAAUCGCCAGAUCGUCUCCGCCUCCCGCGACAAGACGAUCAAGCUGUGGAACACGCUCGGAGAGUGCAAGUACACCAUCCAGGAUCAGGACGCGCAUUCCGAUUGGGUUUCGUGCGUGAGGUUCUCGCCGAAUACCCUGCAGCCGACCAUCGUCUCGGCGUCGUGGGAUAAGACGGUUAAGAUUUGGAAUCUGACGAAUUGCAAGCUGAGGUCGACGUUGGCCGGACACUCUGGGUACGUGAACACGUCGGCGGUUUCUCCGGACGGUUCGCUGUGCGCGAGCGGAGGGAAGGACGGUGUGAUAUUGCUGUGGGAUUUGGCAGAGGGGAAGAGGCUGUACUCGUUGGAUGCAGGGUCGAUAAUAAAUGCGCUGUGUUUCAGCCCUAAUAGAUACUGGCUUUGCGCGGCAACUGAGGCCAGCAUUAAGAUUUGGGAUUUGGAGAGCAAGAGUGUUGUUGUUGAUCUCAAGGUUGAUUUGAAGCAUGAGAGCGAGAUUGCUCCUGAAGGUGCUACCCAAUCCGCUGCUGCUAAAAAUAAGGUGAUAUACUGCACCAGUCUAAGCUGGAGUGCCGAUGGAAGCACUCUUUUCAGUGGUUAUACAGAUGGUGUUGUUCGAGUAUGGGGUAUUGGUCGCUACUAAGCUUUUUUUAAGCCACAUUUUUUUGCCAGUAAUUUUAAUCUCGUAUCAGAUUCAAGUCUGGAAAUAGGAAAGGUAUUCGGAUUCCUGUAUUGUAAUGGUUUUGCCCUUGCUAUUUUUGAAUUUUGAGUUUUUUAUUUUAUUUUUAUCUGGUACAUUUUAUGUUUCCGACACUUAACCAAAGGUUUUUUGCUUCAUUGAGUUGGAAUUCUGCAUCUUUUUCUUUUGACUUG